AUGCAGACAUAUCCAACAUCCCCACCGGACUACAGGAAAGCGAAUGAAAAUCGCAUGAAAACGGAGUGCUAUCGGAGGGACUAUGAUCGCGUUUGCUCCAUCGGAAACAGAAAUGAUCAUUAUUCUCCUGAUAACUCAUAUGAAAGCUGCCACACGCAACACCAUUCAAAGCCUUUUACAACUGGAUUAACGACCGUUUCUUCUACUCGAGAAAGACCUGGACCGAACUGCGAACCAGAUGUAAUUUUAGCUCACUUGAACAAGAAGGGAACAGAAGAGAGUAUAGGCACACCUUACGUUCACAGACGACCUGCGUUUCAAUCCUUUGAUGAUGGUAGCCUCUCGCUAAAAACACCAGGAACAGGAAACGCGUUUGAGAAUAUUUGGCAUGCUCGCCAGCAUCCAAAGCGCAAGCCGCGGAUACUGUUUUCGCAGUCGCAGAUUUACGAGUUAGAAAAUCGAUUUAAGCAGCAGCGUUACCUGACUGCACAAGAAAGGGAAAUACUCGCUGUCAAUUUGAAGAUGUCAUCUCAACAGGUUAAAAUAUGGUUCCAAAACCGGAGAUACAAAGUCAAGCGACAGACGCAAGACAAAACCAUCCAACAGGCAAUGGAACCCCAGGAAACGAUGGAAAGUCGGCAGACAGUCGCAGCUUGCUCAAUUGAUAGAAUGGAAAUGGACAAUUGCUUGUAUCCUGAGAAGAAUAUUCAUAAUCGCAAUGCUUAUCCUCCAAUAUGCCCUAAUAUAGCCACGAUGGGUCCACGGCUAAAAGGAAAUGUCUACACGCCCAACUGCUGUCGCAAUAUGAGGUGUUCCGAUCCAUGUAUCCGGAGUAAUACGGAUGAAAUUUCUACAUCAAGUGGACCUAUUCCUUCAGAGGAAUCAAAUUCAUACGCGUGGUCUGGGGUUCCAUUCGUAAAUCCUUCAGGAGCCAACAACAAGAACUUGAUGCCAACCAUGAGUUUGUUUGACGCGAAUAAUGUCAUGAAAGGGAGUGGGCAUUACUCGACAGGUUCGAUUCCUGACCAUAUCCGGACAUUUCCCCCAAUGUCGGUGAACUUUAAAGAGGAUUAUUCGAGACAUGGCAUCAAAUGUGGUGAUACAGCCGCAAACGCAAGAUUAUCCAACAUGGCAGAUCGUUGCCAAACCACCACAUAUACGAAUGACCAACUCGUUACAUCCGCCUCCGGCUUGAUGCCAUUUGAGCACUUAUCAACUGCGGAGAUUUAUCCCAAAUUUAUGGCAUAUUUUGCUGUGACGAGGUUGUACUCCACAGACUCUCCAGGUUUGCCGAAGUCCGAUGUAAGAAACCGAAUGUCACUGCCUGCGAUAGAGGAUUGUGAGUCAUCCUACACGGAAGACCCGUCAUCCAUUCCUACGCAACAGUUCUAAUAGUGCAGCUUACGACCUCGAUCAAAAGAGAGAAGGGAAAUAUACACAUGUGACCUUUACUUACUUUGUUU